CACUGACAGCUUUUAUUGGAAAAAUCAAAAUAAAAGUAGGUAUUUCUUUAAUAAGAAAAAGAAUUUAAAUACUAAAUUGAGAAGAAUCUAAAAAAUUAGGGAAUCAAAAAUGUCAGAAGACUCGGAAGAUGAUGAUUACAUGUCAUUUGUGGUGGUUGAUUGUGUAUAAAAUUACAAAUUCUAGUGAAGAUGUACGUCCUAGCCUGUUAGUUAACAGAGAAAAACGCAAACACGAGCUAUAUAAAAAGAAAUUCGACGCUCCUAAUAAGAAACAGAAAGGGCGUAGUGAUAUGGAAAGAGAAAAUAGAGAGAAAGGACUGGCUACAGCAAUAACUAGUGAUAAUAAAGGCUUUCAAAUGUUAGAAAAAAUGGGUUUUAAAUCUGGCGAGAGCCUGGGCAAAACCAACUGUGGUAUUAAAGAACCUAUUGACAUAGUACUAAAACAGGGAACAUCAGGUGUUGGGCGAGAAUCACACAUAAAAGAAAUAAUAGAAAGAGAAUAUAAGUUGAUAUCUGGUCAGAGCUUGGGAAAAUCAAGAAGCAGUAUUAAAGAACCUAUUGAUAUAGUACUAAAGCAGGGAACAUCAGGUGUUGGAAGGGAAUCUCACAUAAAAGAAAUGCUAUCAAGGAAACAACCUAAAAUUAAAAACCUGAAACAUUAUGAAACACAAUUCAGGCUUGCUAAUAAGGAACGAACAAAAAUAUCUCAAAUUAGAAAGGACUUUUUUAAAGCACAAAGAAUCUGUGAAGAAUUAGAUUAUAGAAUUAAUGUAAAAGAUCCUACUGAAGAUUUCUAUUGGACCAAAGCUACAAUAAAGAAACGACGGAAAAUGGAAAAGCAGUCAUCAGAAGAUACUGAUAGCAGUGAUGAGGAUGAUGAAGAUUUUGAGCAAUAUGUAACAGAAGAAAACUUAUUUGCAAUAAUUGAUUAUAUUAGGAGUAAACACCUUUAUUGCCUAUACUGUGUAAUUACUGGUAUAGAUAUAGAAGAUUUAAAAGAGAAUUGCCCAGGCCCCUACAGAAUUGAUCAUGACAAUGAAAUUGACUAAUUAUUUCCAAGAUUAUUUCAUUUGUUAAUAUUUUGUUCGUGUGAAUAAUUUGUUUGAGUUAACAAUAAAAACAUUACUUUCA